CCAAGUGUCCCGACACACAAGUAAACAGAAGAGAGGCAGGCACUGAAAGACCGGACCAUAGGGCUGUAUCUCCAGGGGAAGGCAGAGAGACAGGCACUCAAAGACCGGACCAGAGGGCUGUAUCUCCAGGGGAAGGCAGAGAGACAGGCAGUCACUCAGAGACCGACCAGAGGGCUGUAUCUCCAGGGGAAGGCAGAGAGACAGGCACUCAAAGACCGGACCAGAGGGCUGUAUCUCCAGGGGAAGGCAGAGAGACAGGCACUGAAAGACCGGACCAGAGGGCUGUAUCUCCAGGGGAAGGCAGAGAGACAGGCACUGAAAGACCGGACCAGAGGGCUGUAUCUCCAGGGGAAGGCAGAGAGACAGGCACUGAAAGACCGGACCAGAGGGCUGUAUCUCCAGGGGAAGGCAGAGAGACAGGCACUCAAAGACCGACCAGAGGGCUGUAUCUCCAGGGGAAGGCAGAGAGACAGGCACUCAAAGACCGACCAGAGGGCUGUAUCUCCAGGGGAAGGCAAAGAGACAGACACUCAAAGUCCGACCAGAGACAGCUAUACUCCAGGGGAAAGUAGCCUUCACACGUCGGCGUCCGGGGUUCAUCUCACCGGUGAUGGGCGGGAUGGAGUCCAGGCGGCGGCAGAGGCAGGCGGGGGGGCAGGUCCUCAUGCUGGGGCUGGACGGAGCGGGGAAGACCACCCUGCUCUACAAACUGAAGCACAGCGAGCGCGUGGUCACCGUGCCGACCGUGGGCUUCAACGUGGAGAUGCUCGAGACCAGGCGCCCCGAGCUGGAGCUGACGGUGUGGGACGUGGGGGGCCAGGCCCGGAUGAGGCCCCAGUGGAGGCACCACUACGCGGACACGGGGGUCCUGGUGUUCGUGGUGGACAGCGGGGACCGGCAGCGGCUGGGGGAGGCCCGAGAGGAGCUGCAUCAGGUGUUGAGCUGCCAGAGCCUCAGGAGAAUCCCUCUCAUUGUUCUGGCCAACAAGCAGGACCUGCCUGGAGCUCUGAGCCCCGCCCAGCUCAGUAUGCGCCUGGACCUGAGGAGGGUGUGCGGGGAGCGGCUCUGGUUCGUCCAGCCCUGCUCUGCCGCCUCCGGUAUGGGUCUGGAGGAGGGCUUCCGGAGGGUGGCCUACCUGCUGAAGACCUGGCUGAGACAGACCUCCAAAGGCUGUUCCGAGACGGUCACACGUUCAAAGCUUAAAUGCUUGGCUUUUGUGACCGUGCAACAAGUCCUAUGCUUUGUUUGAGGUGCAUUGAUUCACCGUGGAAUCUUUCUCUUACCUGUGCGUACAUCACUGCGGAGUCACAACGGAGGCCCGGUCUGGACCAGCAGAGGUUACGGCGUGUGAACCACUGUGAAGGAGCACGAUGCGCCUCAUCAGAGUCCAUACAAGGACUCUGGGUUUGGGGUGUGCUGCCUGGUGUUUGCUGCCUGCUACCUCGAAUCAGGGCGGUUCAAAGCAGUCAGAAUGUGCUGGUGGAGCAAGUUGAUAAGACAAUGCUGAGGGGGUUAAUAUAAAUAAAUAAAUAAAUA